AUGAGACUACGCAUCUCUAGGCCGCAUGUACGGGUCUCACAGGGUGAAUCUGCAUUUGCUGCAGGCAAUGCGCGGUGGACAAAUCGUGAUCUUGACCCCAUUGCCAAGAAUGCGCGCAAAUGGGGUGCAUUCAGUAUAAUAGCAUAUUGGAUCUCCGAUGCCUUGCAAGCAGCGACAUGGCAGUUUGCCAGCGGUAUGAUUGCCGUCGGCCUCACAUACCGUGAAGCACUGGGCAUCGUCGCCUUAUCCUUCUUCAUCAUCUCGUUGGUCAUUUCAGCAAACGGUGCCGUGGGUGCGAUAUACCACGUGCCAUUCCCCGUAAUUGCACGUGCUAGCUGGGGCUUUUGGGGCUCAUAUAUCGCCAUUAUUUCACGAGUCAUCCUUGCCGUCUUUUGGUUUGCUAUCCAGAAUGUCAAUGGUGGAAAUGCUGUCCGUGUCAUGAUCGGAGCAAUCUGGCCAAGCUUUUUGAAUCUGCACAAUGGUAUCCCCGAGUCACAGGGUAUCACGACCAGCGGUAUGGUCGGAUUCCUGCUCUUCUGGCUGCUUCAGGUUCCAUUCCUCUGCAUGCACCCAAACAAUCUGCGCUGGCUGUUUACAGUCAAAACAGUGGUGGUUCCCAUUACAUGGCUCGCUAUAUUGAUAUGGGCUUUCGUCACCGUGAAAGGUGGUGGCGGUGUCUUUGACCAACAGGCUCCAACAGUCUCCGGAUCCAAGUACAGCUGGCUUUUCUUGGCCAAUAUGACAUCUGUGCUGGGAAAUUAUGCGCCUUUAUCCCUCAACCAGAGUGAUUUCAGUCGCUAUUCCCGCGUCAGUGUCAAGUGGCAGCUCCUUUAUAUCCCCAUGCUACCAAUUGUAUUCACAUUCUUCUCCUUCAUUGGCAUUGCCGCCUCGUCCGCCGGCCAGAUUCACUAUAAUCUCGAGACCAUCCCAUGGGAUCCCAUGGUUCUGAUCAGCUACUGGCCCAACCGCGCGUGUCGCUUUUUUGGCGCCGCUUCUUUUACACUAGCCGCCCUGGGUGUGAACAUCUCGGCCAACUCCCUUUCAGCCGCUAACGAUUUCACCGCAUUGGCACCACGCUAUAUCAACAUCCGACGUGGCCAGCUCCUCUGCGCUGUGUUGUCCUGGUGUCUUGUUCCCUGGAAAAUCCUCGCAUCGGCAGGGAACUUCCUUAGUUUCAUGUCUGCAUACGCCAUCUUCCUUGGCCCUAUUGCUGCAAUCAUGAUGUUUGACUUCUGGGUUGUCAAUCGUCGUCGAUAUGACAUCCUCGCUCUAUAUCAGCCCAGUAACCCGACAUAUCGGUAUACAUUCGCCAUCCCGGGCCUUGGGGGCAAGACUAUGUCUGGCACGAACUGGCGCGCUGUGGUGGCUUUUAUCGUGGGCGUUGCGCCAUCUCUUCCCGGAUUUAUCAAUUCUGUGAACUCAAACAUCAAUGUUGGCGUCGGUAUACAUCCGUUUGAGUUUGGGUGGCUGUUGGGCUUUGUUGCGACUUCUAUUGUCUACCUGCUGUUAUCAUGGCGGUUCCCUGCGGAGGAGACACACGUCGACCGCGCUGUUCUACCUGAUGAGAUAUACGAUAGAGGUACAGUGGUGGACGGACUGGAAUCAGACGACCCAGAUCGAAAGGAUGUGGUUACUGAUACACAGGAGAAGGAUGUGGAAAAGGCUGUCUAG